GGACCUUCGAUAACAAGGUUUUUCUUUUUGGCGGGGUCAGAUAACAGUUGACACUUAACAGUUACAGACGAAGGAAAAAUGGAGGAAGACGGAGGAGAACGAGCUCAACGGCGCCAUCGGACGAGCUCCGAAACCCUAAUCUCAGAGCCACACCUCGAUCCACCGUACACGUGUCCUGAAAGCACACCCCAUCCCGGUGAGGAGGACCGCACGGAAUCGAAACCCGAGCUGAACCAGACCGAGAUAUUCCGAACUCUCGAAGUGGUCGAGAGAGACUCUCUCGCCAUCGCCGACAGCUUCACCACUCUCUUCGCCUCCCUUCGGUUGGCUCUCUCUGAGGUCACUAGCAACUCGGUUGAUCACAUGCAUUGCUUUAGCGAGGCUGCUGGCCGCCUUCAAGAAUCCGUGCUUGAUUCUGCUACCAAGGGAAAUCGGUAUAUAAAUUCAAGUCUCAGAUUGAAUGAAGAAAUGAAGGGCAUAGACAGUCUAGCAUUGCAGCUAAAAAUCUUGAGGAGAAAUGUUGAUGCUCUAGACUCAGGUGUUAACAAGCUCCUCCGACUUCCGUGAUGUAGACCUGUCGACCUGCCAGACGUAUGAUUGCAUCAGUUAUCGAUGUGGGAACUUCUCUUCCAAUUUCAUUGCUUAUUUAUUAUUGUUUUGCUUGGAAAUUAUUGUCAUUAUCGGUGUCAGGUCAUGGGACAGCUUCAUCAGAACCUUUGUUACGUAAUUAAUGGGCGAAAUGGUUGUCCGAUUGGCUGCAAAUUAAGUAGAUGUGCUGCUUUGUUAGCUAGCCAAUAGGUGCAGAACGUUGAGAGCAUUUCUAGACUGUUACAUUGUAAGCAAAUAUUUGUGUGCAGUAACUCGAGAGAUUAGUGUACAGAUUUUAUCUUCUUCAUUCGUUUUAGGCCUUUUCAAGUGUUGUCUAUUUCAAAAACUCUAAGCAGAUUUCUUCCUUAACUCGAUCUUUAAUUGAAUUA